UAAGAAAUACUCCAGGCCAGAAACUAAAGCUGUGGCCCAUUCAUAAGCUGGGAUCUAAGCCCAAGUCAGCGCUCCUGGCAGCGCUCCGUCUCACCAAACUGGCAGCCAGCGCUCUUGCCUCAAUGAAUCCACACUAUCAUCCGUAUGGGGGACCUGGAGAACUCACGUCGCCACACCCCCCAUCUCCAGGCAACAACAGCUACCAUGGGCAUCCGGGGGGGCCGCCUGGGCCCCACAGUGGCAUGCAUUCGGCUAAUGGACAUGCCAUCGGAUCAAUCGGGACCCGCAGAUUAUAUGGCACUUCGGGGGCCUGCUCGGCGUGUGGUCAAAUGAUCCCCGCCAGCGAGUUUGUGAUGCGGACUGGAGUUGGAAGCAACCCCACAUCUCCCACGGCUGCUCUUCACAUAUUCCACAUCAAAUGUUUCGUCUGCAGCAAAUGCAUGUCGCCCCUGGUUCCCGGUGAUAGGUAUUAUAUGUUGCAAGGAAACCUCGUGUGUGAACAAGACUGGCACAAAUUGCUCAAAAGUUCAGUGGCGACGCCGACAGUGAGAAAAGGCAAAGUGGGCCGACCGCGCAGAAGUAGGGACUGAAGUCGUCACAAACAUCGAUAGAGUUAUUCCGUGGUAGCCGGGCGCUGUCAGGACGUGCAAUAAAAAGAAGCAUUUCCACUGAUUGGCAUUUUUGGUUCGGUCUUCCCAGCAUAUCGAUUUCAGUGAUAACAGACGAAAAAAAAAACAAUUUUCAGUAAACGAAACUAAAAGCAAUCCCAUCCAGGGCGACGAUUAUGCGAAUUAAUGUAGUAACUUUGCAUUGAUGGUGUGGUUUAUGUAAUUUUGAUUUUGAUUUACAAUCUUCAAAAAUUGCAUAUGUGUACAUACAUGUAUUAUGAGACAAAAGGCAACAAUUGCGUGAAUCAAAAAAUCACUCAAAAUCCAUAUUGACUGGCAAAGCUCCUACAUUAACUUGAGUAACAGUUCUGGACAAGUUAAAAAGCGCUUUUUUCAAAAAGAAGUAUUUUGAUAAAAAGACGAUAUUUUGAGGAGUUUGUCAAUUACACCAAUGAAAGUGUUGCACAUAUGUAUGCUCACUCAGUGAUUUUUUUGCAACAAACGUGUGGUUGCUUGGAGAGAUCGACAAAACGCGAACUCUUCAACACCAGCAAUUGCGAAUUUGAUUUGGUAUGUUGUUGUUAUUUUUGUAAAUAUUAAAGUAUUGUUAAUUCUGAUGAAUUA